ACUAAUAAUAAUAAAAUUAACCAAAUUUAUGAUAUCAAUAACAACAUUACUGGAAAAAAUACGUCAAUGUUAUUGGCUAUACGCGGGCUCCGGGAGUUUGAACGGGUAUUCAAAGAUGAUCCGGGUUUCAAAAAAUUAUCAAAAAAAUACGGCCGACAAGCCGUACGUUUUGUACUGUGUAUGGGCUGGCGUUGGGCCCGACAUUGUGCCCGAUCGACACUGAUAUGCGGAGCAGCGGGUGAACCCCUGAACUGUAUACGACUGGCCUAUUGUGGGGGUAAAACUACCCGACAUUGUUUGGAUGUGUUUAACACUACCAAUACUGUUAGUACAACUAAUAUCUUGGAUCCGACUAAUUAUAAUCCAUUGGAAGCCAUAUUUUUGUCGGAUAAGGAUAAUCGUACGGUUAUUCAGCGGGCAAUGGAUUCACGAAAUAGACGGGAAAUUUUCAAUCUACUAGUUUUAGCAGCAAUUGGCUAAAU